AUGCGGCCACCACCAUCACUUUCGGCCCUUGUGCGGGCAGGACCUUCGCAGUGUGAUAGUCUGCUUGCCUUGGCAACCAAGAUCUGUCGUCUUGCUGCAGACAUCGUGGCGAUCGAUCGAGCACUACCAAGAGCGUUUAAUGCCGGCUCAACCAGGUCUCGCUCAUCUUCCAGCUCUCAGAACGUGUCAAGUGUGGCACCAUUGGCAUGCGACUUCCUCUGUUCACGGGUAUCAGCUGGCUCGCUGCACUCGUCCUCUGGUCGCCUCAGCCCCGUGGCUUUGUGGAAGCAACAGAUAAGAGUUCAAGCCUACACUGCAACCCGUUCUCAAUCUUCUUUGUCUUACAGUACCGCUCAACGUAGACAUGCCUCCACGGCUACAGCGUCGACUAAGCAGCUUGAUACGCACGUUGAUCACCAGGCCAACCCUCAGUCCUACACGCCUUACCAUUCCCCAUCGACGGCUGACCUGCCUUUGCAUCGCUCGCAGGACGUGGUCGCCAAUUUCGACACUAAUGCGACUAAAUUCGGCUCUUUCCCUCCUCAUUGGAUUGCGCCUUGGAAGCGGCGGACACAAAGAGCUCACAAUGAAGAUUCAGGCGUGAAUCGCCUAUUCGAUCGCGCUGUCGCGGAAGAAAGAGCAGAGUUCAGACCAGGAUACAGGGAACGCAACGAUAUAAAUGGCAUUACACUUCGCAGACUGGCCGGACAUCGUCUCUGGCAUCUUUACCGUCAGCAUGCGCACAAAGAGAUGCUAUCUCUGGCCAGUCGUGUCUUAGUAGCAAGAUCUUUGGCGACCAACGUUCACUUGGUAACCACAAACAAGACAAUUUGGCCAUCGUACAAAGCGCUUCGCUUCCUUUAUGGUCAACGCAUCAAUGCCAUUCUUCAAGACUGCAAUAUCAUGCUCGAGAAGGCAGAUACUUCCAAGUCUCGAUCAUCUUCCAUUCUCGCGCACUCCAACCUCGGCAUUGCUCUGAUGCAGCCCAUCUCAGUAGCGCUCCAGACCCAGCCGAUCUCAGCUCUGAAGCUCAUGGACGAAGUCUUGGCUCGCUGUCGACCUGAUAUCUACACAUACAAGAACGAGCACGAAAUCCCCGGUGGCUACAUGUCCCCUAUCAAUAUUGCCCUGCACACCAUCAUGGACUCGCUCAAUUUUGAGAUUCAAGGACGAUUCGGCCCCGCCACAAUAGCCGACAGCAUUAGCUCACGGCCUCAAUUUUUUGAAGACGACACCGGGCUGCUGAACGACCUCAAGGAGCACCGUGUUCACUUUUCGGAGACAGACCAUCCCAUCAAAGCGAGCCUCGAAUGGUUCAUGGCUUCUCCGCAUGCUUUCUUGCUUUCGCAUACGUCGGCCCAAGUAUUCAAUAACUGUCGGAUCUUGUUUCUUCAUUGCGUGUCUCAAGUCGAGGACCCGCAUGAGCUCUUGGAAGAACUGGCGCAAGAUCAUGACGCCGAGGACCCAGCAUUUGCCGAGGUCUGCGAACUCCUGCUCCGUUCGAUACUCGUCAACAAAGGCUCUGAAGCCGCGCUCGAGGUAUACGACGAUCUAUGGUCUCGAGGUGUACCUAUGUCCGACUCGCUAAUCUCUCGCAUCAUCCAAAGCAGUAAGAGUCAGGGCGUCUCGGCGCGAAUGGAGGCUAUUCUUAACCGUUCUACGGGACCUCCGGGCAGGAAAGUCUCGAUCAAGUUGCUGCGUGUCAUCGCACAGCGCUGGGCAAGCCGGAACCGGAUUGAUCUCGUCCAGAAACUGCUUGCAGUAUUGAAGCGACGCGGGUUCACAGAUCGCGAUGGAUUCUCGCGAGCAAUCUACACGGAACUUGCUGCCGCCCGUGGUGACGUUCAGAUGGUUCACGAAAAGCUGGCAGAGCUGCACGACUUCGAAGGUCGCACGCAUGAGGAAUGCGAGGAGGGCAAGUCUCCUCUUAAUGGCAAAGCAUACCGUCAACUGAUUCAAGCUUGCAACCGCGCAGGCGACAUCGAUCUGGCAGAGCACUACUUGACCCAGGCGCUCGAAAGAGGCAUCCGUCCACGAACCUCUGACUUUAAUCUGCUGGUUGACAUGCAUGUUCGCAGAACCAACGUCGAUGCAGCUCUAGCCAUCUUCGACGAGAUGAAAGAGUUCGGUGUCCAGCCAGACAAGUAUACCUACACCAUCCUCAUCAACGGCUUCGCACUGCGCCGAGAUCCCGAAUCGGCUGCUCAUGCACUCCGUGCGAUGAUUGCGGCAGGUGUCACGCCAGAUCGCAUCACCUAUGCGGCCUUGCUGAACUGCUACGUGGAGUCGGGCUUGUACGAUGCAGCUAUCAGACUGUUCGCUUGGAUGAAGAGCCAUCGUGACGUUCGCCUACGGCCCACCAUCGAAAUAUGUAACAUUAUUUUGAAGGCAUACGUGCUCAGCUCUAUGCCAGUGCAGAAAGUGAUGGAGCUCGUAGGCAAGGUUCGCGAGAUGGGUCUGAACCCUAAUACCAACACCUACGCCUUGAUGCUGCAGAGUGCCUGCGAUGCGGGGUUGAUGCAUCUUGCCGAAGAGAUCUUUACUGAAGCUGAACGCGCUUUGCCCAGCCUCACUGGUGUAGGUUACGAGCAGGGAGCAAAUCUGUACCACUUCACCAUCAUGAUCCACGGCUACUUGCGUCUUGGCGAACACACGGAGGCAAAGGAGUAUUUCGACGAGAUGCAAAGUCGAAAGCUAACGCCCAGCUCCAUUACAUGGAACAUCAUGGUCCGCAGCUAUGCACACAGUGAAAACGAGGCCACCUACGAUCUAGCAUGCACGCUCGUGUCGCAACUCGUUGCUCAUGAGAGCAAGAAGACUUUCAGACCAACGUUUUCGGACGGUACCCUUUCACCCAUAAAGAGCAAGGCACCGAACGGUCUUGGUUCCAAGCACAGCCCACCAUUGGUGUCGCUGUACACGACACUCAUGGUUGCACAAGCAAGACGCGGCGAGCCAGAGAAAGUGGAGAAUACGUUGAAGCAGAUGUCUCGUCGCACGCCUGCUCUUUCUGUGUAUACAAUGACGCCGUUACUGGAUGCGUACCGAAGAGCAGGUGAUGUCGAGACAGCUUUGGAAACCUUCGAGCAGAUCUACGAGGCGGCGCUGGAAGCUGUUAGCAGCAGAAGCCACCGUAUUUACGCAUACCCUCAACCCAAGCGCAAGGAGGAAGUCUCAGAGACAGCUUCGAACGUACCAACCUCCGCAACACGUAGACAGGAUGCAAGCAGUCGCAACUUGCUUUGCUUGCCCGUUUCGAUCAUGAUCGAUCUGCUUUCCGAGGCUGGACGUCACGAGGAAAUCGCCAAGAUCUGGGCUAGGGCUAAGAACGAUGGAUUCGGAUUUGACUCGGACAACUGGAACCACUUGGCUGCGUCGAUGGCUAGGGCCGGUCAGCUCGAGGAGGCUUUGUCGGUUGUGGAGUACGUGCUGUACCAUGAUCCACCCAAUGCUUGGAUGCGUUCGCGUGUUCGGGAAGAAGGUCGCAAGUUGAGCAGGACUGCUAUUAGCGUUGAUAAGGAGGUUGAGGGUGACGAUCCUCUUGAUCUUGCUCGUCACAGUAACACGGACGAGGCUGUUGAGUCGGAUGGCAAGGCGCGGGAGGGGCAGAAAGAAUUCGACCCGUUACCGCCCAACACCGAGCUGGAUCCAGCCGUGUCACAUCGAUCUGACGCUACCAGUGCUCCUUCCAACCCACCUGGCCGUCGCGACCAAUUGCGAUCAGACGACGACCCGUACACCGAGCCACCCUUUGAUCGUCCCGAACCUUCGCCUGUAUUCGAAGGCGAGGGCAACACAGCCGAUGCAGAGGAAGAAUUUGUCGAACCAAGCGCAUACUACCUCGACUCGAACCCUUCUUCACCCUCACUCACCCACGCACUCUCCUCUAACAUGGCCGUUCGCUUCUCACCCUGGUACGCACACUUCGGCACAAUGGAAGCCAUCAGUCAAGGUCUCGCAGACAUGAAAGAAACACAGAAAGUCAUUCAACUACUCGAUCGCUACAAAAACGCAGCCAGCCUACUGGAUCUACACGAACGCAAAGUCGAAAUUAUAGGGAACAGACAGAGGAAAGAAGCUGGAAGAAGUGCUCGUGAUCUUAUUGAUGGUCGAUCCUAA